AUGCUUCCUAUAUCAGCCAACACAGAGCACCGCAAAGCGGUGUUCUCGCUCUACAGGCUUGUACUACGAAACACUCUCCGGUGCCGGAACCUCAAUGAUACACUAAAGCUCAAAUGGAUGGCCAAGCUACAACAGUUGUUUCGAGGGAGAGCCAGACUAGAGAACGCUUUUCAAAUACAGAGUGCACUGGACGAAGCCAUUAAAUACAACGAAAAGCUCCGUGGUCUCAGCAAUGGCGACCAGGCCUGUUUUCGGGAGAUCAUCGGCCGACUGCAGCACAACAGAAGCGCCCGGUCCAGCCUUGCCGUUCUGCAGCAUAUCGCUGAGGCCGAGGCUCCCAAGGUGGAUCCAGAAGAGAAAAGACAGCGUCGUCAACUCGCUAGUUGGAUGAAGCUGUACAUAGAAAGACGCCAAAAAUCGCACACGCUCCCUCGGAAGGCCGAGCUGGACCCAAAGUACGUCGACAGUGUGCUAAAGUCUAGGAUGUUGUACGAACGGGCAGAAAAAGCUGUCCGACGUCUGGCAGAAAAAUAUUCGAGGCCGUCAACGGCUCGCGUAAAGUCCGUGACAGGCACAAUGAACAGACUGUCGGUGAUCAGCACUCCCUGGAACGAGAAUAUCCAUGUAACAGGGAGACGGGGAGUAUUUCUACAGCGAAAGAGCCAUCAGCAGUACAUAGAUGAGCUCAACCAGAUGAGAAACUGGGAAAGAGAGUGGAUGUUCUGGCUUGAAAAAGAACAGGAGUGGGAGAACUUGGUCACGGGCAAGGAUGCGAACGACUGGCUUCAGCCGAUCAACAGCUACAAGCGCGAGCUAGCGAGCCGCGGAAAAGAGGUUGAGGAGAAAACGUUCUGGCACAACAAGAUGCACCAUGUUUAUUUCGAGAAGCUGAGGCCCGAGUUCGACGAGAUGUGGCUCAAGAGCGGCAAGAACCUGGCCAGAAUGCGCCAGGUCAUGGUCCUUGAGCAGAUGGGCCCGUUCACGGACUGUGUCGACGGGUCGCUUGGGAAACUGUUGCGGGAGCACGGGUUUAGGUCGCCAACACGGCUGUCUAAAUUGGGUAUAGAGUAA